AUGGAGAAGCAGACCCUGAAGGGGCCUGAGCUCAGCCUGGCGGGGAUUCCAGCCCAGCAGGACUGCAGCAUUCAAGAAAAAAUAGACUUAGAAAUUCGAAUGCGAGAAGGCAUAUGGAAGCUCCUUUCUCUGAGCACUCAGAAAGACCAGGUUUUACAGGCAGUUAAGAAUCUCAUGGUGUGCAACACUCGAAUAAUGGCUUACACAUCGGAGCUACAGAAAUUAGAAGAGCAGAUUGCAAAUAAAACUGGAAGAUGUGAUAUGAAUUCUGAAAGUAAAGAAAGAACAGCUUGCAAAGGAAAGGUUGCCAUAUCAGAUGUUCGAAUACCACUAAUGUGGAAAGACUCUGAUCACUUCAGCAGCAAAGAACGAUCACAGCGCUAUGCCAUUUUUUGUUUAUUCAAAAUGGGAGCUGAAGUUUUUGAUACUGACAUGGUGAUUGUGGAUAAAACAAUCACAGAUAUAUGUUUUGAAAAUGUAACAAUAUUUAAUGAAGCAGGACCAGACUUUCAGAUAAAGGUGGAAAUGUAUAGUUGCUGUACAGAAGAAUCUUCCAUAACCAAUACACCAAAAAAGCUAGCUAAGAAACUUAAGACAUCUAUAAGUAAAGCUACAGGAAAGAAAAUAAAUUCAGUGCUUCAGGAAGAGAAUCAUGAAACAUGUUUGUUCUUCAAUUCUACUACUGUUGGUGCAAAGUAUAAUUUGCUAGCUCAUACCACCCUAACCUUGGAAAGUGCUGAUGAUAGCUUCAAGACUCACAAUCUAUCUAUUAAUGGAAAUGAGGAGUCUUCAUUUUGGCUUCCCUUAUAUGGCAACAUGUGCUGCCGAUUAGUUGCCCAGCCAGCUUGUAUGGCUGAGGAUGCAUGUGCAGGAUUUCUUAAUCAGCAGCAAAUGGUGGAAGGUCUGAUUAGUUGGAGAAGGUUGUAUUGUGUUUUGAGAGGAGGUAAACUGUAUUGUUUUUAUAGUCCGGAAGAAAUUGAAGCUAAAAUGGAACCAACCUUGGUAGUGCCCAUUCAUAAGGAAACCAGAAUCCAUGUAAUGGAUAAAGAUGCCAAAAAAAGAAUCCAUAAUUUCUCUGUCAUCAACCCUGUUGCUGGACAAGCUCUAACUCAUGUUUUUGCAGUUGACUGUAGAGAAGAUCUUCAGAAAUGGAUGGAAGGCUUCUGGCAGCAUUUCUUUGAUCUUAGCCAAUGGAAGCACUGUUGUGAAGAACUUAUGAAAAUUGAGAUUAUGUCACCACGGAAACCACCUUUGUUCUUGACAAAAGAGGCAACCUCAGUCUACCAUGAUAUGAGUAUUGACUCGCCUAUGAAGCUUGAAAGUUUAACUGAUAUAAUACAAAAAAAAAUUGAAGAGAUGAAUGGACUGUUUCUUAUUGGUCAGGAUGAAGAAUCCUCCCCUCCUCCUUGGGCCUCAGUCUUUGAUGGUAAUCAUAAAAUGGUCAUCCAGAAAAAGGUAUUGUCCCCUACAAGUGAGCAAUUACAUGAUGGGAAAAGGAAAAAGAGACGAGCUCCCCUUCCUCCUUCCGAUAAACCUCCAUUCAGCUUAAAAACACAGAGCAACACAGAUCAAUUGGUUAAGGACAACUGGGGAGAAGCAAGUAUAUCUCAAACCUCGCCUUUGGAUACCAGACUAUCAAUCCUAAUGCAUCACUUACAGAAACCAAUCGCUGCUCCUCGAAAACUUCUUCCUGCCAGGAAAAAGACUUUAACUGAUGGUGCGCACACGGAUACUGAAACCAAUAUUGAAGCUAAGCCAGUGCCAGCUCCAAGGCAGAAAUCCAUCAGAGACAUUUUGGACCCUAGAUCAUGGUUACAGGCACAAGUAUAG